AUAACCGCAAACACAAUUUCUAUGAAUACGGUUAUUCCCCUUCAAUUUUAAACUCUAAAACAAAAUUUGCAUCGAGUAUAAAUAUGACGAAUUUAUUUGUAAUUAUUUCGUGCGGUGUGCUGUUACGUACGUGGUUGUUGCAACUGAAGGAUUUGACGAAGUGGAUUUCAAAGAGACCUGAAGUUUCGACUCCGCAAACUUCGUGGAGCAGACUUGUUGAAGGAUUCGUGAUUUCCAAACAAACAGGAAACGUCCACAGUGGAGAUUCAUAUCAUGGGAGCACUUUGUUAUCAGCUUUCCUCUUUCAUCUACAAGCGUUGUCUCCUCUGCUGGUACCCGCUGUGUUUAUUGCAUGCGACGUGAUUGCAGCGAUAUCUUUGCACAACUUUGCCAAGAAGUUUCUACAGAAAGAGCUCGACGACCAGAAUUCUCACAAAUCCAAAUUAUCAAAAGGAGUCGAUUCAAUCUUGUUGAAACUUCACCAUCUUGAAAACGUUCCAACACUUGUUGCUCUAAUAUAUUUAUUCAACCCCUUCACCAUAGUGACUUGCAUCUCCCAAUCCUCAGUUGCCUUCAACAACUUGUUCCUUGCUCUCUAUGUUGCUCAUCUUAUGUCAGGCAGCAGCAUCGCAACCACAUUAUUCCUCGCGCUUUCAACUUACGAGACAUUCUACCCCGUUCAACUAAUCAUUGUUGCAAUGCUGUGUCAACACAAAUAUCAGAAGGAAGGAAACAGAAACGCCGCCAAACCUUUAUUUUGUUUCAUCUUCUGGUUGUUGAUUUUAUUCUUGGUUUCAUAUUUAAGAGAAGGGUCUUUGGAAUCGAUAUUUUCACAUUAUAAGUUUAUACUCACAGUUCCCGACCAAACUCCAAACAUCGGGAUCUUCUGGUAUUUCUUCACCGAGAUUUUCAAUCAUUUCCAAACUUUCUUCUUAUUCGUGUUUCAAAUCAACGCGUUGUUUUUCUUCGUUCCUUUGUCGAUAAAGCUCAGGUCCCACCCAAUAUGCCUGAUGUUCAUACUUACUUGCAUUAUCUCAACAUUCAAGUCAUACCCAUGUGUUGGUGACGCAACAUUGUGGAUAUCCAUGUUACCGCUGUGGUCUCAUACAUUCAAAUACCAACGACAGCCACUAAUAGUAACAGUGAUGUUACUUACCACCACCAUAUUAUGCCCAGUUAUGUGGCAUAUGUGGAUUGUCGCGCAUUCUGCAAACGCAAACUUCUACUUCGCUGCAUCACUGGCUUAUACCACGUCACAUAUCUUUAUUAUGACAAACACAGUGAUGGCUUACUUGAAGUGGCAUUACCAUAUAAGGAAGGGGGUUCGACUUAAUUUGGAUGGUUCCACAGAAAAGGCUGUGCUGAGACUAAUGAAUUAAAACCUGGGGGGCUGUUUAGAGGCUCGUACAAAAGUGAUUGGAAACGCGACAUAGACAUCUUAUUAAAUCAUGUUGUCUAGUUUAAUAAAAAUUUGAUUUUGGUCGUUU